AUGGGGAAUCUUUCAAAGAAAUCAGAGUUCGAAUAAGUUAUUCUGUAUGAAUAAUGCCUGUUUUUUGACAUUUAAUUAAAUAGAUGGUUGGAUAAGAUAUAUCAACCAUAAUUAUAUUAAGAGAAGGAAAUCGAAUAUAUUUAUGAUAGAAAUAUUAUUAGAUAGUAAAUUAUUAAUAAACUAUGAUAGAUUGCAAAAUUAUUCCACUUCGGAACAUGAAAUUUUUAAUAAUAAAGAAUAAGUAAAAUAACUUAAGUGGGAUGGAAAAUAUCGAAAUAAUUUUUAGAAGGUUGCUAAAUGGAGCAUUUAUUGGAAUGAAUAAAUUUUAUAAAAAGCUGGUGGAUAUUACUCAGAAGAUGGCUAAAAGAUUGGUUUAUGGAAGGAAUUAGUUAAGAAUUAUUGUAGGUAAAUGUUCAUAUUUAAAUAUCACUAGUUGGAUUCCUGUAUUUGAAGAAGGUGAAUACUUUGAAGGUAAAAAAAUAGGUUCUUGGAAAUAUAACUAUGAACAAAAAAAGUUAGAUAAUUUUGGUGGAUAAUAUAAUGAGCAAGGAUAAAAAAUUGGAAAAUGGGCAGAGUUGGAUGAAAGCUUUUGGUUGGGUAAUCAAGUCAUUCAUAUUGGUGAAUAUAAGUCUAAAGGUAUUAAAAUAGGUAGAUGGGAUAUUAGUUAUUGUCAUGGACAAAAAGAUGUUUUUAUAUAGAUGUAAAUAAUAUAUAAAUGAUAAAAAUAUUCUAGUGGUGGUGGAUCAUAUAAAGACGGAGAAGAUUUCAUCAAAAUUGGGAGAUGGGUAGAGUUAGAUGAAAGGUUUUGGUACCAGAAAUAAGUUAUCUAUAAUGGUGAAUAUAAUAUAAAAGGAAAGAAAGUUGGGAGAUGGGAUAGCAUGUAUUAAAGCUUUAAUUAAAAUGAAUACAAAUAAAUGUAAAUAUUAUAUAAUUUAAGGUGAAAAUAAUUAAUUAGUGGUGGUGGAUCAUAUGGCGACGGAGAAGGUUUAAUCAAAAUUGGGAGAUGGGUAGAAUUGGAUAAAAGAUUUUGGUAUGAGAAAUAAGUCAUCUACAACGGUGAAUAUAAUAUAAAAGGAAUGAAGGUUGGGAGAUGGGAUAUUGGUUAUUGUGAGAAGGGUAAGUAGGAAUAUAAAUAAAUGUAAAUAUAUAAUAAUUAUAUAUGUAUAAUGUUAGUGGUGGUGGAUCAUAUGAUGAGGAAUAAGGUUAAAUUUAGAUUGGAAGGUGGAUAGAGUUAGAUUAAGGAUUUGCUCACUUGAAAUAAGUCACUUAUAAUGGCGAAUAUAAUGUGAAAGGCAUUAAGAUAGGUAGAUGGGAUAUUAAUUAUUGUGAUCCAUAUGGAGAUAAAAAAUAUAGAUAAAUGUAGAUAUUAUUAAGAAUAGGUGAAAUAAUAUGUUAGUGGUGGGGGAACUUAUGAGGAGGGAGAAAGUUAAAUUAAGAUUGGAAAGUGGGUAGAGUUGCUGGAUGGGUUUUAUUAUUAUGCUUAAUUAAUAUAUAAGGGGGAAUAUAAUAUGAAAGGUAUGAAAAUAGGCAGAUGGGAUAUUAAUUAUAGGGUGUAAGAAAAGUAUGAAUAUAAAUAAAUGUAAGUAUUCUAUUAUUAUAGUAUAUUAGUGGAGGGGGAUCUUAUGUUGAGGGAGAAGGUUAGUUUAAGAUUGGAAGGUGGGUAGAGUUAGAUGAAGGUUUUACGAAUUGGAAAUAAGUCACUUAUAAUGGUUAAUAUAAGAUUUAAGGUAAGGUAGGAAGAUGGAAUACGGCAUAUAAAGGAUAAAAAAUGUAAAAAUUAUAAAGUUAUAGGCGUAAUAAUAUAUUAGUGGGGGUGGUUAAUAUGGUGAAAGUGAUGGCUAAAUAAAGAUUGGAAGGUGGGUAGAGUUAGAUGAAGGUUUUGCAAGUUUUAAAUAAGUCACUUAUAAUGGUGAAUAUAAUAUGAAAGGAAUGAAAAAAGGUAGAUGGGAUAUAUGGUUUAAUUGGGACGGGAAGAAUGAAUAAAUGUAAAUAUUUUAUUAGGGUAGAAUAAUAAUAUUUUAGUGGAGGUGGUUCAUAUUGUGAAAAGGAAGGUUCAAUUAAGAUUGGAAGAUGGGUAGAGUUAGAUUAAUUGUUUUCUGUGAAUAAAUAAGUCACAUAUGAAGGUGAAUAUAAUAUGAAAGGUAUAAAAAUUGGUAUAUGGGCGGAAAAAAAUAUUUAUACUAAUCAGAAACUGGGCGAAAAGAAAUAUGAUAUUUGAAAAGAAUAAAAGAAAAUGAUUCUGC